AUGAAUAAUAAUGAUGAAGCAAUAGAUGAUGAUAAUGACGAUGAAGAAAUGUUAACAGAAAUGAUGUCCAGUGAAAUGUAUUUAACACCAUUAGGUGUAUUAAAACAUUUCGAAAAAAUUUGGACAAAUGAAAAAGAAGUUCUCACAAUUUAUUUAGCUGCUUUACGAUCACCACAGCAUUCAAUAACGCAUGUUCGUAAUAAUCCAAUAAGUUUAUUCUUUUUUGAAGUUCUACCUGGUUCGCCAUCAAAAUUUCGUCCCGUAUGUAUUUAA